UUAAAAAAAAAAAAUAGCUCUCGCGUGAGCUGAGCAAGGCAGGCGUUGCGCGCUGGCUUCUUGCUCCUCUGCUGGGCAUUUCGUCGAGCACUUGGUGUGACCGGAGUUUCACCACUACUUUUCCCGGCUUCCAUAAGGUCGUCUGAGUCCAUUUGUCCCUCUGUGCGUUCGCCCCUGUCACUCUGAAAGUUGAAGUAGGGCUACAGUUCUGCAGACCCAUAGAAUUGCAAUGAACAGGAAAAGAAAGCCAGCAGAUAAUGCUACCAACUGGGAGCAUUCUCAUUUGCAAAUGUUUAUGCAAGACUUGGCAAGAUCUAAUUUCGGACCAUGAAUUUGCUAAGCUGCACUUUGCACAAGCAGAGUCCUACCCUUUGGUCCGGCCCUCUAAUCCAACUCGUGUGUCAAGAACCCUUUAUCUGGUCGAGCCCGAAGAUAGCUCUGAUUUUGAUUUCGAGCACAGCAACUGUACGUGUUAUGAUGCCUCUGACUUUCUUUUUAAUGAGUGCAAUGGGCAUCAGUUCCACAUGAAUCUUGCCAAACCAUUGCGCAAUGCUGAGGAAGUACUCAAUACCCACAAUGAUGCCAAUAGGAAAUCUGGAACUAAAAAGAAGCUUUGCAUUAAGGUAUGUCCAGCUGGUCACAAGUAUGAGGUGGUGAAUUCGUGUAACGGAUUGCUUUGCUUGUCUAAACCAUUCAUCAAUGACCCUGUUGUGUGCAACCCAAUAACCGUCUGAAGAUUAACCAGUACAAGGUGAUAAGAAUCUCUGAGCAAGGAGCACUGGAUCCCUUUAAGGCAGCCGAGGUAUACACACUAGGGACAGGCUCAUGGGAAUGUUUAGGUUUUGCUCCCUUCUUAAAAAAUAAAGUAGAAUUCACCACCUAUCUGAAAGGAGCGCUUUAUUGGUUUUGCCAUUGGCUUUCAUCGCCUUAUAUAGAUUCUUUUUACAUGGACACUGGGGAGUUUUCAGUCAGCUCAGCCACCUCCUUUUGAACUGCAAAGAGAGCAUCGGGUUGGCAUGGGAGUUUUAGGUGUGCAGAAUACAAGCUGCUGGGAGACUAGAGCUCUGUCUUUGGAGGAAGAACAAAUUCUCAGUUGCUUUCCAAAGGAAGUGAAGAAGGAAAUAACCUCAGAGGUGGUGUCGAUGUCGUAUAGAAAGCAACGUGAACUUGAAGAGGCCUGUAGAGUCAAAAAACCAUUUUGUUAAUGGCUUGUGACAAGAUUGCAAGCUGCUGGGAGAGACAGGAGCUCUUUUCUUCUUUGGUGGCAGGAAAUAGGGUCUGGUAUCAACAUCAAAUAGGUCCUCAAUGCAGUGUCAAUUGUCAGUCUACAGGUACAGGGAUGAGAUUUUUCGCCGUGUAGAAAAGACAAGUUUGCACAUUCUUUGACUGGUAUCAUCCAAAGAUAUAUGAACCCUCCAAGAGUUUGGUACUUGGACUUUUGAAAAUAUUGAGGUUAGAGCUUCUUCGAAAGGAAAGUGGAGUUCCCGAGCUUGCCUAGUGAUUCAUUGGAUGAUUGUUAUUGUGUUGUUGGGGAUGUUGCUGGUGGAAGGAGGGGCAAGGGCUGGAUUGAGCAAGAAUGUCAAAUUAGCACUUGAGUUUUAGGGGUUAUGGUGGUGAUUUGAGUUAAUUUUGUCUCCUAUCAUUCCAAAUUCAUUUUAUUUAUUAGGCAACCGAAUUAAAUGUAUUAACCAGAAACUUUUGAGUCCAAGAUCAUCAUCUUACAUCCAAACUAUAACCAAAUCCAACAGAAAAAGGAACUUCUUCUA